AUGCACAGCAAACGUUAUUGCUGGAUGUGGAGCAGCAAGAACCCGUUCCUUAAUGCUCGGAGGGUUGAUGGAUCGCUGCCGAUGGCAAUGAUUGAACAGGAGCUCAUUUCAAAAGCAAUACAUAAAGUGAUGACGGAAAAAGGUCAGGAAAAGCUCCAGCAACAGAGCGUAAAGCCAAACGAAGAACAAGCGGACUCGUUUUCACAGCGAGUGAAGAUUAAGCUGGAAAGCAAAGAAAAAACGGAGCAAAACAUAGUAAAAAUCGAUGACAAGGGACCCAAGCUGCGGAUUGAUCAGUCGAGACUUGCUGGUGAAUUUUACAACCGUGACGAUAACGGUGAUUGGCGUGUCAUCGGAAUGCGCCCCACGCGCACCAAUCUUGCCAGCAUCGAGUACGACGUGAUACGGCACUGUAAUGUAAAUGUCUCCCCGAACUGUGCGCCUCUCACCACACAAAUUGCAAAAGCACUGAUGUUUCAGGUGAUGACAAUGGAAAAAAACGACCACAUCAUGAAGCUAAGCAAUUCGGACAACUCCAGAGAUCAUGUGCUUUUCAUGCAACAGUACAAAUUGUUACUUCUACUUAAGCGGCGAUUCCAGAAUUACCGGCAACGGAAGUACUUCCCGGCAACUCUCGGGUGCGGUGCAUUCAAAGAGCUUUGCUACAGAGAAAGGCCAGAAGAAGGUGAACGAUCAGCAAAGCUGUUUAUUUACUUCCCGAAUCCUAAUCCACGUCCGUAUUUCUUGCAAGAAAAGAUUGAGCCGACGCUUGAAGAGAUGCUUCGAAUGACUCAAUUUGGCGUUCUCGAUAUUGGCACCGCUCGAGACUUUAUUAUUGGUUGCAUUAAGGCUUUGCGCUUGGUACACCGAGUGGGAUAUGUGCAUCGAUGCGUGGCACCCUAUAAUUUUGCGAUUCGUCUUGCAACAUUUUCGAAGAUGAAAGACCUGUGUGACCAAAUAUGCGUCAUCGAUCUUACGCUAGCCCGAAAAUACAAAGACGUCAAUAAGCCGCCCAGGAGGGUGGCUACUUUUGCUGGAACCUACAAAUAUUGUUCGUUAUCGGCGCACAAAUACAUGGAACAAUUUCCGAAGGAUGACAUCAUCUCCUGUCUGUACAUGUUCUGCGAAUUUCUGCAUGGCUCUUUGCCCUGGCGAGGACUAAAAGACCUCAAGAAAAUCAUGAAGCUGAAACAGGAGUUACAGCUAAAGCCGCCGGUUCUUAUGGACAGUGCUGGUCAAAGCGAUGCAGUGGUGACGCUGAACGAGUUGCCCGGGAUGUUCAAAUUGCUGGAGGAAAACAAACCAUAG